AAAAGUCUGGUUUCAUUAACCAUCUCCCUUCGGUCUUCACGUCUGCAAGUCGUCCUUUGGGAUUAAAUUGAUUUGCGGCUGUCGCCCUUCAAAAGCACCCACAUCAUCAAAUACAUUAACUAAAGAUGCGCCAUAUCGCCGCUUACCUUCUCUGCCAGAUCGGUGGCAAUGGCUCUCCCAGCGCUGCGGACGUCAAGGCCGUCCUCGCUGCUGGUGGCGUUGAGGCCGACGAGGAACGCCUGGAGAAGCUGAUUUCUGAGGUCAAGGGCAAGAGCGUGAACGAGCUCAUCGCUGAGGGUACUGCCAAGCUUUCCUCCGUCCCUGCUGGUGGUGCCGGUGGUGCUGCUGCCGCCCCCGCUGCUGCUGCGGGUGGCGCUGCCGCUGCCGCGGAGGAGGACCCCAAGGAGGAGGAGAAGAAGGAGGAAGAGAAGGAGGAGUCCGACGACGACAUGGGCUUCGGUCUCUUCGACUAAGUGUUCUGCGUCGGGACCCGCUUCGGGCCUUGUGCUCUUCCUCCUGCAUGCCGUGGUGCAGUCGUUAUUUCCGGAGAGCUGUAUGGUAGUCUUUGGAAAAUCGAUCUGUUCUCCCGUUGCCGUCGUCGGAGCCUGCUGCUUCCCUCACGCCUUGGUAUCCUUGCGAGGUUUUUCCACAUUGGCUGUGAAAAUUGUUUUGAGAAGCGAAGUGCUUUGUCCGAAGCGCCGGGCCAUCUCCCCCAUCGCAUUCUGCUUUGACGCCGCUGACGUCGUCCUCAAAUCGGGCUCGCAUCUUCCAAGCCAACAACCGUGUCCUUAUCCUUAAGUAUGACCAUUGUCGCGACAAUCCGCCGGUGCGGAGCAUGGUCGGACCUGCAUCUGACCCGCCGGGAGAGAGAUGAGAUCCCGAUACCGAUAGGCCUCCCUUCAAGAAGCUGGAUUCUUUCCCUGGGUUUUGCCCCAAGCAUGAGGAGCGCUCCGCGUUUUCUAACGAUAAGUUGCAGAUUCGCGGACUUGGCAGGGAUGAAUUCCGGACAAUAGGGGUUCGUGGAACGUGUGACCUGCGCAUCUGAAGGUGCUUGUCCUGUUGGGGAAUUUGGGAUUAUAGGCAAAGCGCGAGUUGGGGUAAGAAGACCAGCUGGGUUUGACUGGAGAUUGCCGUCGGAAAAUAUUAGGAUCACUGGUUCAGGUUGGUGUUGAGACAGGAAGUGUAAGGCCAUGUAUACUAA